AUGGCUAAGAAGGAUGCAAAGUCGAGGCUUAUCCGUUGGGUGUUAUUGCUGGAUGAAUUUGAUUUCAAGGUGAAAGAUAGAAAAGACAUAGAAAAUCAAGUUGCGAAUCACUUGACUAGACUAGAGGAGGAAGCUAUACGGAAGGUCUCUAAGAGAUUAGAGAUUGAAGACAAUGGAAUCAUUCGUAAGUGUAAACCUGAAAUGGAGAUGAUGAGCAUACUUGAAGUGUGUCAUUCAUAUCCAGUUGGGGGUCAUCAUAUUGGAGCCCGCAUAGCUCAUAAGAUCCUGCAAUGUGGCUACUAUUGGCAGACUAUAUAUAAAGAUUCCCAUGACUAUGCUGCAGCGUGUGAUCAAUGUCAACGACAAGGACUAAAAUGA